AUCAUCUUAAUCAAUCUCUUUGCAACAACCAUAUCUUUUGUUUUGAACGAAAGCCAAUAGUCUCCGGAACAUAUAGACUUCUCCCAUUUUGCUUUCAAUCGCUUUUUUUUUUUUUUUGGAACACUUUUUUUUUUUUUUUUUGGAACACUUGCUUUCAAUCGCUUUAUUAUUUGAUUUAUUGACCUUUUGAUUUUGUUGCCUAUCCAAGAAUAUUGUCUACAACUUUUCUGAAAUUCUGCAUGCAUUUCAAUAAAUUUCAACGUCUAGUGGAUGAAUCGUUCACACAAUUCAUCUAUAUAGAAAUGCGCGUCACAAUACUUUUAUGAUAUUUAAUCUGAUCAAAUUUAUCGAAUGGUGAAAGUAUAUAAAGCUGUUUUCUUGGUAUCAGGUUAAGUGCACUUGCUCAAGACAUUGUCACUGGUGCCGAAGCCACGUUACUGAUUACUUGACCAGGCUGUAUACGUUUGAGUUACUCCAAUGUGUGCGUAUAACUAAUUCUGCUUAUAUAAUCUAAGAUUAUAUUUCUCACGUAUGCUUAAUACAAACGAAAGGACUACUAACCGAGGAAUUUAUAAAUGGGGUUAAAAAAAAGAGUUGUUUUUAUCAGUGAUAAAAACAAUUCAAUCUCUUUUUAAAAACUUUCAGAACUAUCAAAUACGUCGAAGCUAAAAAACAAAUUAUUCCUGCAUGUAUUGUUUCUGGACCUACGUACAUAUAGAUUGUCAAUCAGUAAAUUAAACUAAAAGGAACGAAAAUAAUAGUGCUAAAGAUUUCUUUAAACCAUAACAUGCCAGUUUAAAAAUCAUCAAACAACGAGCCAGAACCUCUAAUUUGUCGUUCAUAACCAAAAAAUGGUUAACUAUUUAGACUUAUAAUACAAAUUGUGAACACACUUGGUUACAAAUCAAUACAUAAUUAAUUGUUGAUGGUAUAUGUACAUAAGAAAUCCAUUAAGUUAAAGUUGUAAGUCGUUUGUUUACAAAGUAUAAGUACUUUGCUCAUUGCUUAAACUAAUCAAUACCGACGAUCUCGACUGAUAUCAACAACAUCGAUAUAUUAAAUAGUACUAACCUCGUAUAAUUGUAGUUGAAGUAAGUUCAGUUUGCUGAUAAAUACUAUAAUACUGUGAUCUGUCUAGAAAUAAUCACAUGUUCCCAAAUAACCAACAUCAUUCUCAGCACCACAUGCUUUCAUAAUCGUCAUUUGUCACCAUCAAAUCUUCCUCUUUCUAACCAUAUCAUAGAACUAUAACAUCAUAGCUCAUCAGCUAUAUACAAGUCUCUUUACUUCUCACACAAGGAAACAAAUUACAGAGAAUCUAAAACUCUAAAACACACAUUGUUGAUGGAGACUUUUGUCUUCGUCUGGCUGCUUCUCAUCUUCUUCACACACUUGGCUUCAUCUCUAACACAAGACUUCUCUUUCAUUGGCUUCAAAAAAGCCUCUCCAAAUCUAAUCAUGUCAGGAGUUACAGAGAUAGCCAGCACUGGGGCCAUCAGGCUCACAACGGACACAAGUCGCGUGAUUGGUCACGCCUUCUACUCCUUACCAAUCCGGUUCAAGCCACCCGGACAAAACCGAGCUCUCUCUUUCUCCACCUCUUUUGUAAUCGCCAUGGUUCCAGAGUACGUCACGCUUGGAGGUCAUGGACUUGCCUUCACCAUCACGCCAACUCCAAAUCUCCAAGGCUCUCUUUCUAGCCAGUACUUAGGGAUUUUGAACUCAAGCCGAGCUAACGUCUCUAGCCACUUCUUCGCUGUGGAGUUCGAUACCGUCAAGGAUUUGGAGUUUGAGGACAUCAAUGACAACCAUGUCGGAAUCGAUAUAAACAGUUUGGAGUCAAGUGCUUCAACUCCAGCUGCCUACUUUCUCCCUAACUCAACCAAGAAAGAGCUUUUCCUCGACAGUGGUAGAGUGAUUCAAGCUUGGAUUGAUUACGAUUCAAACAAGAAAAGGUUAGACGUUAAGCUUUCUCCACUCUCUGAGAAACCAAAGUUGUCUCUUCUCUCUUACAAUAUAGAUCUGUCCACUGUCUUUGGAGAUGAAAUGUAUGUUGGAUUCUCUGCUUCGACCGGUUUGCUAGCUAGUUCCCAUUACAUCUUAGGUUGGAACUUUAACAUGAGUGGAGAAGCUUUGUCUCUGUCUCUACCCUCUCUCCCUAGGGUUCCACGUCCACUUAAGAAGAAGAAGAGCCCCGGCUUGAUCCUAGGAGUAUCUCUCUCGUGUUCCCUUUUGGUCAUAGCGGGUCUUGUCGCUGCAGUUAUGUUUGGUAUUAAAAAGGUCAAAGAUGAAGACAGAGUUGAAGAGUGGGAGCUUGACUUUGGUCCGCAUAGAUUCUCUUAUAGAGAGCUGAAAAAAGCUACGAAUGGUUUUGCGGACAAGGAGCUUCUCGGGUCUGGUGGAUUUGGGAAAGUAUACAAAGGGAAGCUUCCAGAUUCAGAAGAGUUUGUAGCUGUCAAGAGAAUCUCUCACGAGUCAAGACAAGGUGUACGGGAGUUCAUGUCUGAAGUCUCGAGCAUUGGUCACCUCAGGCAUAGGAAUCUUGUUCAGUUGCUAGGUUGGUGUCGAAGACGACAGGAUUUGCUUCUGGUCUAUGACUUCAUGCCUAAUGGAAGCUUAGACAUGUACUUGUUCGGUGAAAACCCUAAAGUUAUCUUGACUUGGGACCAACGCUUCAAAAUUAUCAAAGGGGUUGCUUCUGCUUUACUCUACUUGCAUGAAGGAUGGGAACAAACCGUUAUUCACCGCGAUAUUAAAGCCGCAAACGUUUUGUUGGACGGUGAUAUGAACGGGCGUGUUGGAGAUUUCGGUCUUGCUAAGUUAUAUGAGCAUGGAUCGAACCCUGGAGCUACAAGAGUGGUUGGUACGUUUGGGUACUUAGCUCCAGAACUUACUAAAUCAGGAAAGUUAACAACAAGCACUGAUGUUUAUGCGUUUGGUGCGCUUCUAUUGGAAGUAGCUUGCGGGAGAAGACCGAUUGAGGCAAAUGCGUUACCGGAAGAGCUUGUAAUGGUUGACUGGGUUUGGUCAAGGUGGCAAAGUGGAGACAUUAGAGAUGUUGUGGACAGGAGAUUGAACGGUGAGUAUGAUGAAGAUGAAGUGGUUAUGGUUAUCAAACUAGGCCUUCUUUGUUCGAACAACUCACCUGAAGUUCGACCUACGAUGAGACAAGUGGUUAUGUAUCUCGAGAAGCAGUUCCCGUCGCCGGAAGUUGUCCCUGCGCCAGAUUUUUUAGAUGCAAAUGAUAGUAUGUGUCUUGAUGAUGGAAGCGGUAAUAUUAAUGCUGGCGAGUUUGAGGACUUUGUGGACUCAGCUAGGUUUUAUAGUGGACCGAAUCCGACUACUAGUUCGUCUAUAUUCUCAUUUGGGGGUAAAGCUAAAACCGAUGGGAGAUGAUGGAUGCUUAAGGUUAUUUUAAAAGCAUUUUGGUCACUUUUAUGUACAAUAUUUCACCAUGGAAAAUGUAAGAUAUAUGCUACAUAUAUGAAAAUGUGUUUAUUAUAAAAAAAAUUAUAUGAAAUUUCUCAAAUGAAACAGUUUAAAACAUCAAACCAUGCGUGAUAGUGUAGUGGUGCGCAGACGAUUGAGUUUGAAAGCUUAGAUUUGAAGGCAUUCCAUCAGAUGGUCACGCGGAUAUAAUAUAUUGUUUGAGGACCAUUUGAAUACUCGGAAAAAUGGUUCAUCCGUGAACUGUAUUUCUUCUUAGAAAUUAUGUAUAUUUCCAUAGGUUUUUGAUACUUUAAUUAACUUUUAAAAAAUUAAAACCUCAUGAAAAAUUGAGAACUCUUUACAUGGAGAUACAUGAAAAAUUCCAACCAACUCUCCAUUAGCCUGAGAUAUAUAACUCACUAAUACUAUACGUGAGUUUCAAUAGGUGGGGGAGGUGAAGUUUAAGCACAAUUUAAGAUACCUCCCAAGUAAUUGUCGAGUAAGUCAGAAGCUUGUCUUCUGGUACGUUCAGUGCGUGCAUAUCCAAGGAGUACGAAGCUGGCUUUGUCACCACUGUCGUACACAGAUAUCUCAGCACGGAACCUGUAAUUAUAACGGAAAUGUUUUACCAAAAAA